AUGCCGUCAGCUCCGUCGCCCGGUCUCAGUCCUCAACUAGCGCCGUCUGAUGUGCAGCGUCGGUCUCCCAAGUCGACUGUCCGGGAGGAGGUGUACGACUAUAUUAUCAUCGGCGCCGGUGUGGCUGGCUCGACACUUGCCAACCGUUUGACUGCGAGUCGAGGCUCGCUAGAGUUUCGAGUGCUUUUGCUUGAGGCUGGUCAGCUUCGUCCUGACGAGGAUAUUGUGGAAAACUUCAACGUCACUUGGGACAACUCUCUCCGUGGCACGAAAGGAAAUGUUUUUGCCGGCUACUCUCCCUUCUGGUGGCCAUCCGUCAACAACAUUGUAUCUGCCGCUCGAGAGCUCGGAAUCCGGGUUCUGAGGGAUGGCUCUGGCGGCGACGUGUCCGGUGGCUUUUUCACCACACAUUCCCAGACCCCCCGGAACGCCCGAAGCUCCGCACGCAUCGCGCACUACGAUGUCGCAGCGAAGAGGGCCAAUUUGAGGCUGAUCCAGAACGCGCAUGUGACCAAGGUUCAGAUCGAGCGUGGCCGUGCUAUUGGUGUUCAGUUUGUCGAGAGUUCGAGCUCGACUCGUCGCACCAUUAAGGCCCGGAAGGAGGUAAUUGUGUCGGCUGGCGCAAUCUUUUCGCCUCAGAUUCUCCAGCUCUCUGGAAUCGGGGAUGCUAAGGAGCUGAAGACUCAUGGCGUUCAGUCGGUUGUAGACCUCCCGGCCGUUGGGCGCAACCUCCAAGACCACCCCCUUCUUGUUUUGGUCAAUCUGAUCAACUCUCCUCUUAAUGGGGGUAAUCUGUCUGACCCCAUGUUCGCUGCCGAAAUGAUGGCGGAGUAUAAGAGCAACCGCACUGGCCCGUACGCAAACCCCGGCGGCGAGUUUCUCAUGUUCCUGCCUACCUCAAACUUCAGUACUAGGGCACCUGAGCUCUACAAAUCCGCCCAAGCCCAGGAUGCUACACAAUUCCUCCCAGCUGACACUCCGAAGUCGGUCGUUCGUGGAUACAGAAAGCAACACGCACUACUCACCGAGGGUCUUGCGGCGGAUGCUCAAACUCCUAUGGAGAUGUUCUGGAGCGAAGGGACGAUGGUUUUUGGCGCGCAGCACCCCUUCUCGCGAGGAUCAGUGAAGCUGGUAUCGAAUGACCCCUUCGACUUCCCUGCCGUUGAUCCCGGCUACCUGAGCAACCUCCUCGACCUCGCGGUUAUGGUCGAUGCAUUCAAGUUCGCGAGGGCCAUCGUUGCCACUGAAGCCAUUUCACAGCUCUCUCCCGUUGAAAUUGUGCCCGGACCCAGCGUCUCGAGCGAUGCGGAUAUUGAAUCGUACGUCCGACAAAACCUUGCCACGUUUGCCCACUACGCCGGCACUUGCUCUGUGGGCCCUCGGAGCGCAGGCGGCGUCGUCGACGAUACGUUCCGCGUCUACGGCGUGAAGAACCUCCGGGUCGUGGAUGCCAGUGUCAUCCCCUUGCUUCCCGCUGCUCACACCUCGAGUACUGUGUACGCCCUUGCUGAAAAACACUAUUUGGCAUUGUUGUACAUCGUUAAGCUCGAAGAGGAAUCGAAAGCCUGGUGGACUGCUCGCCUUCCAUUCGAUGCUCCUGUUGCAAUCACCACGGUCACACUGUCAUCUCAGUAA